ACGCACUUGACAGCCCGUUUCGGGCGCCGCGUCAGCUGAUCUUGGAGUCGCGUUGCGUGCCGGCUGGUUUGGGUUCUUGGGUCUCGCCGCCCUCCACCCCUCGCGCUGCAGCCAUGUCGUUCUUCCCGGAGCUUUACUUCAAUGUGGACAAUGGCUACUUGGAAGGACUAGUGCGCGGCCUGAAGGCCGGGGUGCUCAGCCAGGCGGACUACCUCAACCUGGUGCAGUGCGAGACGCUGGAGGACUUGAAGUUACACCUGCAGAGUACUGACUAUGGCAACUUCUUGGCUAAUGAGGCAUCACCUCUGACAGUGUCAGUCAUUGAUGAUCGGCUCAAGGAGAAGAUGGUGGUGGAAUUCCGCCACAUGAGGAACCAUGCCUAUGAGCCACUUGCCAGCUUCCUGGACUUCAUUACUUACAGCUACAUGAUUGACAACGUGAUCCUGCUCAUCACAGGCACACUGCAUCAGCGCUCCAUUGCUGAGCUUGUGCCCAAGUGCCACCCACUAGGCAGCUUUGAGCAGAUGGAGGCCGUGAACAUCGCACAGACACCUGCUGAGCUCUACAAUGCGAUUCUGGUGGACACUCCCCUGGCGGCUUUUUUCCAGGACUGCAUCUCAGAGCAAGACCUUGAUGAGAUGAACAUCGAGAUCAUCCGUAACACACUCUAUAAGGCCUACCUGGAGUCCUUCUACAAGUUCUGCACCCUAUUGGGUGGGACCACUGCUGAUGCCAUGUGUCCCAUUCUAGAGUUUGAAGCAGACCGCCGCGCCUUCAUCAUUACCAUCAACUCUUUUGGCACAGAGUUGUCCAAGGAAGACCGUGCCAAACUCUUCCCACACUGCGGGCGCCUCUACCCUGAGGGCUUGGCUCAGCUGGCUCGGGCAGAUGACUAUGAGCAGGUCAAGAACGUGGCUGAUUAUUACCCGGAGUACAAGCUUCUUUUUGAGGGUGCAGGCAGCAACCCUGGAGACAAGACCCUGGAGGACCGGUUCUUUGAGCAUGAGGUAAAGCUGAACAAGUUGGCCUUCCUGAACCAGUUCCACUUUGGUGUCUUUUAUGCUUUUGUGAAGCUCAAGGAGCAGGAAUGUCGCAACAUUGUAUGGAUUGCUGAAUGCAUAGCCCAGCGCCACCGUGCCAAGAUUGACAACUAUAUUCCCAUCUUCUAGCAUCCUGACUUCACUCAAGUGCACGAUGUGUAUUUGUGUAUGCUGUGACGAAGCCCAUGGCUCAUCUGGCUGGGGAGGGGAAGGCUAGGGAGGGUACUACAUUGUCCUAGGGGCUGCCCAACUUCUCUGACUCCCUCUGGGACUGCUUUUGAGCCUGAAAAGGGGCUGUUGAUCAGGAAUGGACCAAUACUCCCUCCCCCCACAGUAAUGAGUCCCCUUCAACCCUAUGUUUACAGCCACUAACAUGUCUGAGAAGCAUGUGGUCACUUUCAUGUCUCUCCCUAAUCUAGAAUCCCUGGGGAUAGUGUGAGCCUCCUCUUGUGUCUGUGGGUCAGCCCCAGAGUCGUGGCCCAUGGCAAAGAUAGUGUGUGUGUGUGUUGUUGGGUAACGAGCUCUGCAGCACCCUUCCUCAGCUCUCACUGAAACAAUAAAAAUGCCCUCCCUAA